AAAGAUGAGGUGUACCUCAACUUGGUGCUGGACUAUGUUCCUGAAACAGUAUACAGAGUUGCCAGACAUUAUAGUCGGGCCAAACAGACACUCCCUAUGAUUUAUGUCAAGUUGUACAUGUACCAGCUGUUCCGGAGUUUAGCCUAUAUCCAUUCCUUUGGGAUCUGCCACCGGGAUAUAAAACCACAGAACCUCUUGCUGGACCCUGAUACAGCUGUUCUAAAACUCUGCGACUUCGGAAGUGCAAAACAGCUGGUUCGUGGAGAACCUAAUGUCUCAUACAUCUGCUCUCGGUACUACAGGGCACCAGAGUUGAUCUUUGGAGCCACCGAUUAUACCUCCAGUAUAGAUGUGUGGUCAGCAGGCUGUGUAUUGGCUGAACUGUUACUAGGACAACCAAUCUUUCCAGGUGACAGUGGUGUGGAUCAGUUGGUGGAAAUAAUCAAG